AAAGUGUAAGAUGGUUGAACGCAUUUCGCAUUUUGUGCAGUAGUGCAUUGGAGCUAAUUGCCCGAAUUUUGUAUGGACUGCAGUUGCCACAUUGAAGAUGCCAAGAAAAUCGAACAGACCCCCUCAGAACGAGAGAGGACCACCGAAUGGGCCCAUUAUGAAUGCAAAACAUCCUGAGGAUGACGAGCACAAAAGGUUUCGGAACUUCCUCCGUCCUGUUCGCAACGACCGUAGGGUAUGGUUUAAAUCACAGGGGAGACCAGGACCAGAUCGAACCAGGAAUUUUGAAGCGGGACUACAGAACUACUUGGACGAAGACAUUUCUAUGACCGUAGGAGCAAAUAAUGGAAACCGCCAAGUUAUGCUCCGAGGAAACAUGGGCAGGCGAAUGCCUUGGGGUAGAAUCAGUCCGUUCCCUCAACGAGGACGGAGAGAUGGAAGAGCUGUGCCCCAUACACGCCCACCCAUGUUUGCAGAUUCUAAUUGGUUCAAAGUCGUGAUACCAUAUGGUUGUAAAUACGAGAAAGACUUUAUCAUCGGAAAUCUGAUUAGCUAUAUAUCACCAGAUACAUUUGUUCCAAUAAUGUACAAAGUGGUGGGCAAUGAGGCGGUGUUUUAUGUGGACGAUCCUAAAAUAGCCGACAAAUUAUACAACUGCGAUCGCAAGAUAACAAACAACGAGGGCUUCAAGAUUCAAGUCAGAGUGAAGCCUGGAUUUCCUUAUAUCGAAGUAGAUGAGGCGCUCAAAGCACAGAUGAAACUUGCCAUGGCAAAAAGAUAUAAUCCGAAGACAAACGCUCUUGAUCUUUCAAAAUUUCACCAAGAUCCUGCUCUUGUGACCGACUAUUUCUGCGCAUUGUUCAGGCCACCCGUUCUUUUAGCGGUGAUAGACAUAGUUGCGGAGCAUCUACCAAACUUGGAAGCGUUAAACCUGGAGGGCAACAAAUUCGGAGUCAUAGAUCGUUUGAAAGAUUUGCCAAAAAAACUACCCAAGUUGAAAACUUUGUACAUCGGAGAGAAUAGGAUACGAGAACUCAGUCAGCUGGAUGUGCUCAAGGACCUGAAACUCGAGGUUAUUAGACUAACUGGAAACCCCGUCUGUCUCAAGUUCAAAGAACGUCAAAGCGAAUAUUUCAGUGAAAUGCGGAAGAAGUUCCCACAGCUUUUAAGAUUGGAUGACAUAGAACUUCCGGCACCAAUAUCAUUCGACGUAGCUGAUUCGGGAAGCAGGUUGCCACCGUCGCAAAGAACAUUCAUCGUAAACGCUGAAGCACAAAAAAUUGCAGGACAAUUUUUACAGCUCUACUUUGCAAUAUUUGACAGCGACAACCGCCAACCGUUGCUGGACGCGUAUCAUGAGCAUGCCUGUUUUAGUAUAACUGUUGCCUACGCACAAGGAGCGAACAGACUGGAUGGCUUCCUCCGUGACAAUAGAAAUCUAUUUCGCGUAGUCGAUAGCGAUAGGAGAAGAAAACUACUCAAACAAGGCAGACUACCGGUUGUUUCGUACAUAUCAGAGCUGCCGAAAACGAGACACGAUUUGAACGGCUUUGCCAUGGAUCUAUGUCUGGUCACGGAGAGCAUGAUGUUGAUCACCGUGUCUGGUAUAUUCAAAGAGUUGGACGAGAAGAAAAAUCCUAACAGAUAUUUCAAUCGAACCUUUGUCAUAAUACCAGAGGGCAGUGGUUAUUGCAUCCGAAACGAGCAGCUCCACAUAAGUCACCCUACGGAAGCACAGCAGAGAGUGGCAUUCUCAGAACCUGCGGUAUCGCAAAUGAGCCAACCAUCUACGUCAACGUCAACCGCUGGCUCGAGUACUUCUGGGGAUGUCAACGAUGAAACCAAACGAGAAAUGACGAUAGCCCUGAGCCAGCAAACAAACAUGAACUUGGAGUGGAGCUUGAAAUGUUUGGAAGAUGUCAGUUGGAACUUCGACAACGCGUUAAAAGCUUUUCAGGAAUUUUUCAAACUGGGUCAAAUACCGGCAGAAGCGUUUGUCAAGUAAAAUGAAAUUCAGGUAUUCUUCAUUCUCUAUUUUUUCUAUAAUACCUUCUUUUUUUUUUUGUGCGAUAAUUUUGGCUGAGUCCACCUGAAUCGAAACUCUGUGGAGUCAUCUCUGCCCGUUACAUCCGAGAGCUUAGACUUUUGUAAAAAAAAAUGUAAGGAUGUGAUAUACAGAAAACGAAAACAGAAAAAAAAAAAAAAAACGGAAUGAUUGUUGGGUAAAUGGAAGUGAUGGUUGUAAGGCCUCGAGAUAACCGUGUGCGUGAAUGUGUAAUAUUCGCAGAGAUGAUUUCAAAAGAGAUCACCCGAUUUGUCAGUUUGAAAAAUUCCUUACUGGUCUUGCACAUCGAGUAUGAACGUAUUGAAAGAGGGUGACAGGUAGAGUUUGGAAACAGAUUUUAUGAAGCUGUAUCACUUAGUUAGUUUCGUCAAUUUUCACAUUCAUUUUCAUUUUUGUUUCUUGUUUUUCAUUUUCAUACUCGCCUCUUUCGUACGUUUCUACGCUAUGACCAGAGCAUUCUUUUUCUUUCAUUUAAAAAUAAUCGUCAAGGACUGCAGAAAUUUUUUUUCGAUACUGCAGUCUGAUAGAAAAAAUUCCUAUGUUCAAAAUCGCUCAAAUAAUCUCUCACGAUUAUUAGUGUUGUAAAUAGAAGAAGGAGAAACGUUAAUACUGUGAAAAUUUACAAAAAAAGCAAAAAAAAAAAAAAAAAAACUAACUUAGGGCUAUCUAAUGAUUGUAGCGCGACUGGCUUGUCUUCAGCUCUAACGCCCAGUUAGUCGAGUCUAAGUUUGAUUUAAAAAAAGCGAUUUUUUCUCCGCCUUGAAAAAAUGAUAGAAACUAAUAAAAAAAAAAAAAAUGUGAAUAAAUGAAUCAAAGGAAAAAAAAUUAGGUAACGAUUGAUAUGAUUUUACUUAUCUUGGAUUGAAAUGAUAUUUUUUUGUCAGAUUUAGUUAUUAGAUUUUCUAAAAAGUAUCGUUCCGUUGGAGAAGAAGUGGCGAAAGAAAAAUCGAUACACGUGAUUAACAAUGUAUAUACUCGAUAGAAAAUUUUUGAUAAUUAGCCAAGACGUCUGAUUGACGAAUAGGGGGAAAAAUGAACAAAAAUAGGGUAUUUGAAAUGCGUAAAAAGUUAAGUUUAGUUAUUGCUAACCAGGUAAGCACCGAUACGUUAUAAUCGUAAUUCCGUUAACGUGACUUUUUCCGUUGAAAAAUUAACUUUUCCUAUUCUCGAUUUUCAUCAUUGAAAAUUCUGAAUUACACGCGGGAUGAGCACGAAAUAGUUCGUCAAAUGUUGUCAUGCUUUGACAAUUUAGGGAAAAAAAAAAAAAACCUAAACAAAGCUAUCGAAUCAUGAAGAUAUUAAAAAAAUGUUUUAUCAUCGUCCAACAUUUAAGAAAAAAAAAAAAAAAAAAAGAUCAUCAAAAACACUAACAACAACGACUUAACAACGACAAGAGCUGCGGCAAUGAGUGAACGAAGUUCUUCGAAGGAAAUUAAAAAUUAUCAUCAAAGUUGACCUCGAUACAUGAAAAUUUUUUUUUUUUUUUUUUUUUCUUUAAAUCUACUCCAUCUCUGUCCCUAAAUUAAAGAAGAUCGAUCAACCAGUGACACGUGGCCCUGAUCAUAAAAAAUACUGCGAUAACGAUACUCGCAUCGAAAGACUUUCAUCGUAUUUCAUUCACCCUGUAACUGCGAGAUCAAAAAAAAAGGAAUUCAUCGGGCAAUUCGGCGACUGAAGAACAUCAAGGAAAAUCUCGGAUCGCAACGACGAGGAUAUUUGAAAAUAUCUUCAUUCCUCGCGAGAAAAACUACGAGGAUAAACAGUGCGGAUACCAGUGUUGCGAAACUGAACGAUUAAUGGAACACUGAAAACACGUGAAUCAAAAAUCGGUCAGUCAUGACUCACUCAACACAUACCAAAGACACGUGCCGCAUUCGAGAUUUAAACCAAAAAUAAAAGAAAAAAAGGGGGAUAAAAUUAAACGGAUUAACAAUUGAAUUAAUAAUCGACCCAGAGAUACCAUGGCUGUGGGGAUUUUCGCAAUAAAGUCAUCUCAUUUCAACUCUUCACUGUCCCUCCCUAAUCCCCCCCCUAAUAUAAACCAAGGAUUAUUCAAACUCGUAAAAAGUUGUGCAUAAAAGAAAAAAAAUAAUAAUGGAUUAAUUAAUUAAUUUACAAAAAGAAAAAAAAAAAAAAAAAAAUAUAUAUCAGUCGGCGUAAUUGAUGAAUUCAUCAAUUUUUCUUGCUCAUCUGGUCAUAAUUCGGAUCCAGAUAUUUCUGUGUACAGCAAUGAUGAAAAUAAUCGAUAUAUCGAUGAUAUUCAUCGUUAUCGGAUUCGCGAUGAUAACGUACGAUGGUUAUAAUAUUUCUAAGAUAUAAGUGAUAAAAUUUAGGUAUUAAGGAUUAUCAUUGAAUUGCAUAAUGUAACUACCGAAACUGAAAUCGGAAUACUGUCUGUAUCGGGUGAUUACAGAAACUAUGAAAAUGAGAAUGAGAAAGAAAAAAAAAAAAUUUUUACUCAAUAAUGAUUGUACCGAUAAUCGAAAUGACAAUUUUCUUUUCUUUUUUUUCUAUCAAAUGAUUUGAAACGGCGUAUAGUAUUCGUACGAACGAGGAAUGGUUGGGAAGGGAGAGAGAACAGGAACGAAAAUUUCGUUGACUAGACAAUGGAUGUAUAAACCUGAACUUGUGUACCGCUAUAUACGUUGAAACUUCUAUUGUAUGUACCAAUAAAAUGAUCAAGAACGAGAAGAUAUAUUUUAA